CCACAGGUUUCCAAUUGAUUGCUCCCUUGGAAACUCAGGUGGGACCUGAGGUUCAGACGUCGCACGGUAUAGGUGGGCGCAUGCGCAGCGCGCGCUCGCUGGAGCUGGCCGGGCGAGAGUAGAGCUGCCAGGUCUGAAGCAGCCUUCUUGUUGCCGCCUCCCUGCCCGCUCUCUGCCGAACAAAACAAGAUAAACCUUACCCGAACCAGACCUACUACGGUCUAACAAACUGGCUAACUCCAUUCUUCCAGAUACUUUUGCCAUAUGAAGUUGAACAUGGCAGAAGAGGAGGACUACAUGUCUGAUUCCUUCGUUAAUGUCCAACAAGACAUCAGACCAGGAUUGCCAAUGCUGAGGCAGAUCCGAGAAGCCCGUCGAAAAGAAGAAAAGCAGCAGGAGGCUAAUUUGAAAAAUAGGCAGAAGAGUUUAAAAGAAGAAGAACAAGAAAGACGUGAUAUUGGGCUGAAGAAUGCAUUAGGCUGUGAAAACAAAGGGUUUGCUCUGCUCCAAAAGAUGGGAUAUAAAAGCGGUCAGGCCCUUGGCAAGAGUGGGGAUGGUAUUGUUGAGCCAAUUCCUCUCAACGUCAAAACAGGGAAAAGUGGUCUUGGUCACGAGGCAUUGCUGAAGCGGAAAGCAGAGGAAAAACUAGAAAGCUACAGGAGAAAGAUUCGCAUGCAAAACCAAGCUGAAGAAACCGCUGCAGAGCAGUUUCGACUGCGAUUUAAACAUAAGCACGAUGAAGUGAAGCUGGAAGGGGACCUGAGGAGAAGCCAGCGAGCCUGCCGCCAGUUGGAUACUCAGAAGAACAUUCAGGUUCCGAGGGAAGCGUGGUACUGGUUGGGGCUUGAAGAGGAGACUGAGGAAGAAGAAGAGGAAGAAAAAGAGCCAGAGGAAGAUGAAGAUAAGAGUGAAGACUUAAGUGUACUGGAAAAAUUACAGAUAUUGACUGGUUAUUUAAGAGAAGAACAUCUGUAUUGUAUUUGGUGUGGAACAGCCUAUGAAGAUAAAGAAGACCUCUCUUCAAACUGCCCAGGACCAACUUCUGCAGAUCACGACUAAGACUAUUCUCAAUAAAGCAAAAACUUGGAAAAUGUCUCUACUACCUAAAAAUAGACAAUUGAGCAGUUAGAAUUCCCCAAUUAUGCCAGUAAAGAAAAGGGGCCUUUUAUAUGUUGUGUUCUUUUUGUAACUUUGGAAGUAUUUUGUAUUUUACAGUUGUUCAUCGACUUAAAAAAAAAAAUAACAAUGCUAUUUUAGAACACAAGUGUUAUAGACACAUGUAGUUAUAAUUCAUGACUCGAUUGUGAUGCUUCUGGGGCUUAAGAAUACCUCUCUUAUUCCCCUCUUCACUUUGGAACAAAUUGAGAAAUAAGACAUGGGAGUCAGAGUCAAAAUGUCAGCUUUAUUAUCAGUGAAGCUGGAGUAGAGGGCAAGGUUGGCUUGUUCUCCUAUCAGGCUCCCUAAAAUAUCUCUGCCUGGACACAACUGCAGAUCUCUGCCUUUCCAGGAAUAGAGCCCACCUUUGCAUUCGGAAACCAUUCAGCUUUCAAGGUGAGAGAACACACCAGGGGCUGGGCCACACGUGCUGGCUUCCUGCCUCCCAGAUUGCUCAUCAGAUGAGACACCUGUCUGUCGAGAGGAAUGAAUGAGGAUUCAUGGAGCUUAUUCCCGCACUUCUGUCUCCCAAGGAGCAAGAAAAAGUUCCAUCCCUCCAUGCAAACAUGAGGAGGGAAGGAUAUUUCCCUCGGUAAGCCUGGUAUCAGAGGCAACAUUCCAUUAAUGCUACUUCGAUCUAGCCAAUUUUAGAAACAAAAUAAUUAUGAUACUUCUGGCAAAAUCAUGACUUUUCAUGAAAAUGUGAAUAUCCAUUGUAAGUGAGCGACUGCCGGUUUUGGCCAACGAAACUUAAAAACUGGGCAUAACCUUAAAUAUCUGUUGAUCCAACUACUUACUGUUUGGGAGCCCUUGGACAACAUUCCCAGCAGGUGUUAAUCCAACCUCUGCCUUUAUUUUCCCAGACACAGAGGGCUGACUGCCUUAAAAUGGGUCAUUCCAUUGCUGGGUAGCUCUAUGUGAUUUUUAAAGUUAUUCUUCUAAAAUCUGCUUCCCUGUAAUUUAAUCAAAUACAACUAAGGACAUACUACGUGGCACACCUCUAAAGAUCUUCAACCAAAAUGUGACAUCAAAAAUCACAGAACUUUUUUUAAAGUUCACAAACUCAGGUGCUUCCCAAGUGGUUUUGAUUCAGCUGGUCUAGGACAAUUUCUGGAUAUUUGUAUUUAUUUUGAAGUGUUAAGAAUGAGUCUGAUAAGCGCCUGUCGGUAAGAACUAGCACUACAGGCUAAAUGUAGAUCACUGUUACCUUCUGGGGUACAGUUUUACAGCUCACCUUUCAGUACCAUUGAGCAAGAGAUCACCCUCCUUCCUCUUCUUAAAAACCACACACUCAAAAACACAGCAAAAACCAACCUAUAUUUGUGUUAAGAUAAUCAGUAAUACAACUUGUAUCAGCCUCUGGCCUAAUAUGACCCAAUUCAUUUGUUCUCAAAUUUAGCUUGGGGAGUUAAAAAAGGAAAUACAGUGUGGUACCUCCAGAGAGUCUGAUGUAAUUGGUCAGUGUGGCCUGAGCAUUACUAUGCUUCAUUCUACGAUGCAGCAGAGCUUGCAAAUCACUAGUUAGCUCCUAGGCCUCCAUUCUUCAGAAAAUGAGUCAUUAUUUUUAUGAAUAUAUAUAUACACACACACACACACAUACAUACAUAUAUGUAUAUAAUACUAGCGUUUACACACUUGGAUAAUACUAUUUAAUAUUUACUUUUUCACUUAAAAAACAAGAAAAUUGAAUUAAUAGCCACAACAAAGGAGUUCAUCUUUCCUUGGAAUUACAGUCAGAUGCUUUCCUGUCAUUUCAGCCAAUAUCCUGACAUUCAUGCGGACAUUCUCAAAGCCACAUGGACUGCUUUAGAACAGAGUUAGGUACCGGCUUCUUUUUUUCUUGUUACUGACUCUGGAGAAAAUCUCCCAGCUGCCUAGUGACCAAGAAUAUUUUUAAUAUGUUCAUGCAUAAUUAAGCUGAGGAUGUGCAAAUAACCUUGAUGGAAUCUGUGACUCCACCAGAGUUGUGGUCUGCAUUUCAGGUCAAAGGCUAGAAACAGGCCUAUCUUGGAGAGUGGGAAAUACCCCUCCAUUCUUUAACAUUGGCAAAGAAAAAUACAGGCUUUCAAUAGAGUAAAAAUUUAUUCUUAUUAAUAUGUCUUUGUUGAUCUUGUAAAAACAACAAUGAAAACCAACAGAAGCACAUCAUUAAAAAGAAUUUUUUAAUUUGCUUUAGUGAAUUUGAAUUUGCUUCAGUGAGAUUUAUGUGAAAUUUGGAACUUAAAUUUUAACACAUCAUGAUGUCAUUUACUUUUGUUUGUAUUGUGCUAAGUUUGUUUUCAAAGUCCUAUAAUUUCUAAGGUGUUUCAUUUUCUUAAUAUAAAUCCAAAAUACCAGAGCUUCUAUAAUUCAAAAUAAACAGACUUUAACAUAUGAAA